UUGUGGAUCCGCUUCUGGACUGGACUGGCGUUUCGCCGCAGGGGGGAGAAACGGGAAUGAGUCGGGAGCGACGGUACAGUCCGCCCGGGUUUAGAGUGCGGAGCAGAGAGGGGUGUCCGCAGGGCUGGUGGCCACCACGGCACAAGGGACACACAUAAUAAAAAAGAAAAGUGGGAGGGAAAGAGCCCCGCGACCCAGCCGCGUGUCGUGGCCCUCGCUCGGCGUAUUAGGAAAGGAGAUGAGUCCAGGAUACUGAUUGGAGUUGACAAGUCCGCUCCACUACUGUAUCCACUCUUCCUCAAACAGCACUCCGAGCUUCCAAACCAGGAAAUCGCCCAGGCAGCUGACCGGGGCGGAUAAGCGCGAGGGAGCGAGGCGGAGCCGCACUCUCGACCAACAAUGAGUGAGUCGAGUAUCUGCCAGGCCCGUGCCACGGUGAUGAUCUACGAUGACGCCAAUAAGAAGUGGGUGGCAGCCGGCGCAGGCCCUCAGACCUUCAGCCGGGUGCAGAUAUACCACAACCCAGCCGCAAACAGCUUCCGGGUCGUGGGCCGAAAGAUGCAAACAGACCAGCAGGUAGUAAUGAACUGCCCAAUUACAAAGGGACUGAAAUACAAUCAGGCCACGCCAAACUUUCACCAGUGGAGGGAUGCACGCCAGGUAUGGGGCCUCAACUUUGGCAGUAAGGAGGACGCUACACUGUUUGCCAACGGCAUGAUGCACGCCCUGGAUGUGCUGAGCUCUUUGCCAGACACAGGUCCAGGUUACUCUACCCUCCCCCGCCCUGUGCAGAAUGGACCUUCUCCAGAGGAGUUGGAGCAGCAGAGGAGGCUGGAACAGCAGAGGCAGGAGCAGCUGGAGAGGGAGCGCCAAGAGAGGGAGCGCCAGGAAUGGGAACGCCAAGAGCGAGAGCGACAGGAACGGGAGCGGCAGGAGCGAGAGAGACAGGCUGCAGCUCCAAUGGUUCCUCCAGCCCCUCCAAUGGCCCCAGGUGGUCCUCCUCCCCCUCCGGGACCACCUCCACCGCCAGGACCACCACCUCCACCGGGACCACCUCCACCAGGACCCCCUCCUCCAAGUGGGGCAGGCCCUCCCCCUGCCCCACCCUUGCCCAUGUCUGGAGGUGGCGGCAGUGGAGAUAGCGGUGGUGGAGGUGGAGGCCUUGCUGCAGCCCUUGCUGGGGCAAAACUACGCAAAGUUGCUAAGCAGGAGGAGAGCAGCGGUCCAUCCACAGUCUCUGCUCCUGGACCCUCCAAGGCCGAUGCAAGCCGCAGUAGUGCCUCCCUGUCAGGAGGUGGUGGGGGAGACCUAAUGGGGGAGAUGAGUGCCAUUCUUGCAAGACGGAGGAAAGCUGCAGAUAAGGCUGAACCAGCAAAGCCUCCUGUAAAAGUUGAGGAGCCCAGUAACGAGGACUCUGAAUCUCCAGGGGACUCGCUCAGGAGGCCAUGGGAGAAAGCUGCCACUAUGCCUAGGAACAACUCUAUCCCCCGGGGCAUGGAAUCCACCUCAAUUCCUUCCCCGGCCUCAUUCUCCAGGAUAAAGAUGGUGGGGAACAGUAGUGAUGCUGGAGCCAGUGAGGAGUCUGAUAUGGACAGACUUAAGCAGGAGCUGCUGGAAGAAGUUCGCAAGGAGCUGCAGAAAGUUAAGGAAGAGAUCAUUGGAGCAUUCAUUCAGGAGCUGCAGAAGAGGGGUUCCACAUAGUGCUGCAGUAGCUCUGGAGAGGAGCAGAGGGAGGGACAGGUGGAGGAAAUACUCCUGUUAAACCCUCCAUAAUGUUCUUUCCAUUCUCUUUUCCCUUUCUCUCAGACACAUAACUUAAAAACGGAAACAGGGAACACUUACACCCUUCUUAGCACCUACAACCCCCCAAAGAAAAAAACACAAAGGACAGUACCAUUUCCACCUACAGCUGGGAACAUACCAACUUUUUCUCUCUUUACUUCCCCUUUGUCUCUCGCUCAGAUUCUUUCUGUCACACACUCAUUUUAGAGUCACUGCUGGGAAUGUCGUUCCAAACCAGUGGCGUCACCAGGCUGGAGUGUCACCCCCCCUCCCCAAAUGGACCUCCUCCUGUACCAGACCAUACAGAAUCCUUAAUAAUGUUUUUUGUACUAAUGUUACUCGUAAAUCGUAAUUCCCGUAUAUCACUGAAUGUUAGCGACUAUAAAAACACUAGCACCAAUGAGAACAGUGCGGGCAUGCAGACGAAACCACGUGAUCGAAGCGUCAUUGUAAUUGGGUAAUAAUGACAACUCUCACCGGAGCACAUUAGAAGGUUCAAAAAGUAAAUUAGCACAGUUUUAGCCUUGUAGGUAUAGUGAUACAUGUAAGCUGGGCUUACAAAAAAUGUUUAACUACAGGGAUAUUUUUUAUAAAAAAUUUCUGCUGAAAUACUGCACAAAAAUUUUAGACAUUUUGGUGUCACUCGCUCUGAUGUCACCCAGUGCAGUCCACACACCCCUCUAGUGACGCCACUGUUCCAAAUGUGCACUUUUUCCUCAGUAUUUCUCAGUUCCAUCCCCAGGUCCACAGUACCCAGAGAGAAUACGUAUGAUUCAUGACCAACAUACACUGUGUACAAAUGGUUAGCUGUACAGAUGCCUCUUCCUGACCUUGUACCCAAGUGCCCUCCCCAUGCUGACGUCUAAGAGGGACAGCAUUUAAAACUUGAAGGGCAGGGCCAUGCAGAUCUUUUCCGCUAUGCUAGCGUCAGCAGGUGACUGGACAUUCCUAAGAUAGCCGAAGCUGAGACCUCUGUGCAGCUGCCAAACAUCUCAGGGACAAGUGGUACCAUGUCGGCACUGGCUGAGCAGAGAGGUCCGAGGGGUGGCCCAGUCAGACUCCCAAAUGAGCCAAAUCCAUCCAUGGUGGGCUUCUAAUGCCCUCACCCUCAAAGCACUCUGUACUGUCUGCCAGCUCAGAAGGGAGAAAUUAGAAAGAGCAGCAGAGUGAGACAGGCAAGGUGGGGGUAAAAGAAAUGCCUCAGGAGGCCCCAGCAAGAUGUCCUCUGUGAAAGAAGGGAGUGGCACAUCUGUGGACCUGUGCUUGGCCAGCUGUGUGGUGAAAAUUUGCAGCUGGCAUGCUGUGAUGUAUGCGUGGGACAUGCCUGUGUCGGCCCUUGUCUCCUUUCUUCUGACUGUUGCUUGUUUUCCUCAGCCAGACUAGCCAACACAGUGGUUCCCAGCUGUGCUAAUCUCAGCUGUUUUCACCCGCUACAGUUCAGCUCCAGACACAGUGAGGAUAGAGACUGUGACCAGAUCUGAUAAUUGCCUUGGAGAGUGUCUCUCACUUUAUAUAUGUAUAAUUUGUUGAUGAGGGAAAUUUUAAAAUACUUGAGAGAAUAUUUCUAUUUUAAUUGAGAUUACUGGUGAAAGGUGAAUGGGGAUUUUUUUAAGAUUAUUUUUGGUUUAUUUCAUUCGUUUUUCUAUUGGAUUAGCCUUUUUACACUUAAAUAUUAAAAAUGGCAUAGAGACACUGGAGUAGAAAUGGCUUUCAGUCAAAUACAGCUGCUUCUUGUGCUGCAUCUGUCUUUUUUUUUUUUUUUUUUUUUUUUUUUUUUUUUUUUUUUUUUGUUACAUAGGAGAAACUUUUAAGGUCCUUUUUGAUCAGUUACCAAAAUGCCAUUUAGAAUUUAUCAACAGAAGAGGGCAGUUAGGCACUCAUGGUGUGGGAAGAAGAUGCUUGUGCAGAAAGGUGGAGUAAAAUGACACCAAGACAAUUAACCCUUUUCCUGCAAUUCUACUGAUAGUUUUGCCUCUCUCUGCUUGUGAAUGUUGACUGUAAUUGACAAUCACCAGUACUGUAUGGAGCAUGAGUACAGAACCUGAUGAAUUACAGUUGAUAAUGUUAAAUAGAUGAAUUCAUUUCCAGCCCAUCACAGAAAAACUGAGAGGUAGGAAGCAAUACAAGAGUGACAGUUGGGAGAGGCAGGACUUUUCCCAAUGAGCCAGUUGGGUUUUGAUUGAGCAGACUGAAGGUUGGCUUGGUGCUACAACCAAGUGACCUGAGCAGUUGACUUGCUGUUUUUGUUCUCUACCUGAUACAUACACACACACACACACACACCUCCUUCAGAGCCAAAAUUAAUAAUGCUGCUGUUUUAUGAAUUGAGGGGAGUGAGGAAUGUCCCUUCCCAAAUUGGUACAGCAAAAAUUGAAUCAUGACUAGUGAACUAAUGGUCAUGUUGUGACAGUAUAUUGACUUUUCAUAUUUUGAGAAUGUGUCCCAGUUAAGGGCCAAAUUAAAGAUAAAAGGAUAUCGGCCAUGUGGGUCUGAGUCUACAAAA